AUGACUGUAUGCACAGAAGCAGUAUAUCUCCACGACGCCACUCUGAGAACCCUGGCCACAGAGAUUCUAUCUUGUCAGCCAAUAUCAUCGCUCUCAGAAGACGAGCAAAGCCUGGGGCGUACUUUGGCACCGGAGGACUCAGCUAUCGUUAUGCGUCAAACCAUCUUGUAUCCUCGUGGAGGUGGACAGCCUAGUGACACGGGUACCAUUGCUCUGGUAGACCAGGAACCGACGUUCACUGUGUCCCUGGUCCGUAAAGCGGACGACGGCAAAAUCCUACACUUCGGCAAGCCGUCAAACCAAGACAUCUCCUUUGCCGAGGGCCAGCGUGUCAUUCAGAAUGUCGAUGCCGAAAGGCGUGACUAUCACUCCCGGCUGCAUACGGGAGGGCACAUUCUUGGAGUGGCGAUGGAAAUGCUCAUGCCGGGGCUGAAGGAGGUCAAAGCAAAUCAUGCUCCGGGAGAGGCUUGUUUGGAAUUUGAAGGGUUGCUGUACAAUGAGCACAAAGCGUCGAUCCAAGAAAAGCUGGAUGACUUGGUCAAGCAGGAUCUGCCUAUACUGAUCUCUUGGGCGGGGGAUGGAUCAGGCCUAAAGAGCCUUGGGAAGGACCGGGAAGGUGCUAUCCGUAUUGUCAGUAUUGGUGGCCUGGACCAGACACCGUGCGGCGGCACUCAUGUUUCCCGGACCAGCCAGGUUGGGCACGUUGAAGUCCGCAAGGUUAGCCGGCAGAAGGGGAUCAGUCGGGUCUCGUAUGAGGUUCCUUCAAUAAUGUGA